UCCAUCAAGUAAGAAACCAAUUUAUGGUUGGAUAGUACAUGUUCAUGAUCCCGCCCCUUCCCAGUAAGUAUAGUUGGACUUACAGCGCUGCCGCGGUUCUUUGACUUUCCGUCGAAUCUGUCAAGUCGAAUCAGUUUCUAGAGCCAAUUUAAACCACGCCUGAACGGUGCUGCGAGAAGUAACGACGACGAGCCCUUGGUGCAACACAAUCGUUCGACUGUGCAGUCCUCGACUGUCAAGCACUUCGGAUUUCUGCAGUCUUGCUCCACUUGAAGAUGAAUACUACGGAUAAGGUUGAGGAUGUUCUCAUCAGUCAGGCCAAGCUGGCGGAGCAGGCCGAGCGCUACGAUGACAUGGCUGAUUUCAUGAAGGAAUUUACAGAGUCGGGGAAGAUGACGCUAAGCGAACAUAGAAACCUGCUGUCGGUCGCCUACAAAAACGUGGUUGGGGCGAGGCGGUCUGCAUGGAGGGUGUUGUCCAGCAUCGGACAAAAGAGUGAAUCCAACGAGAAGAAGUUGAAGUUGGUCACAGAGUAUCGGGAGAAGGUGGAGAAGGAACUGCAAAAGAUCUGCAACACCGUUUUGGCACUCUUGGGUGGUCAUUUAAUUACAAAACAAAGUGACCCUGAGAGCAAAGUCUUCUACCUAAAGAUGAAGGGGGACUACUAUAGAUACCUUGCUGAAGUUGCCAGUGGAGACGAAAAGAAUGAGACUGUUGCAAAGUCACAGAUGGCAUACCAGGAUGCAUUCGAUAUCAGCAAGGAGUCCAUGCAGCCCACACAUCCCAUCCGUUUGGGCUUGGCUCUUAACUUCUCUGUCUUUUACUAUGAGAUCCUCAACAGCCAAGAAAAGGCCUGCAGCUUGGCAAAACAGGCAUUUGAUGAUGCCAUUUCAGAGCUUGACCAGUUAAGUGAGGACUCUUACAAAGACAGCACUCUUAUCAUGCAGCUCCUCAGAGACAACCUGACUUUAUGGACUUCAGAAAAUGCUCCUGAGGAGAGUGAGGGUGGAGAAGGUGGAGAAUUUGGAGAGGGCGGCGAGAAUGAGAAUUAGAACUCCCGCGUUUCUGUCGUCUUGAAAAGUUAACAAAAUGGAAAAAAAAAAUACAUCAUUCAUUCCUUUUUUGCUCCACUCAGACAGUCGUGUAAGAAUCAAUAAAUUAAAAAAUAAAAUUAAAGAUUUGAGCUAAUGGUUAUGCUUGUCCCGGCCACCCCUUGUGUGCAGCUUUUGGUUGGAUAAAUUAAUUCCCUAUAUUAAACUAUCAAUUUAUAUAUUAAAAGAAAUCCCAAUAAGAUGUUUAGUCAUUAAAAUUAGUUUUCCUCUGUGUAUCCGUGGGUGUGUCGGUGUCUACAGUUAUGUGGUACGGUUACAACAGCUGAAGUCCAACCUCCAGUUACCAAAUUCAAAAUUGUCUUGCUGCGUGCAAUUUACACACUGGCUAUCAUGGUAGAGUGGAGCCCAAUAGUGCCCAUUGAGUAAAAUCUUUACAUUCUGCCCUGGUUAUAAUGCCACUCCAUCACUGAAGCAUGUCUGUCUGUUGGGGAAAUGUUGGUGCUUGUUUUGUCUUACCAAAAUGCAGGGACCUUUAAAUGGGGAGAAGAUGGUUUGUCAUGCAUGUCUCUUGAGAUAUUACACUGGAAUGGGAACAAUUGCUGUAACACACUCAGACAAUUCCAAGUGUUGGUUGUUUUUGUAAUUUUCACUGCAGUUUUGUACACAUCCUACUCGAGGGUGACAUGAGUCCAGUGGAUUGUCAUUAGAGAUUUGGACCACUAUUGUUUUUGCUAUUCAUUCAAUCGUCCCCAGAAGCAUUGUGGAACAGUUUGAAUCCCUAUGUAUCAGCUAUGUUGACAUGAAUAAAACAUUUUAUAAACCAA